UCACUCAUUACCAUCACCUCCACGUUUCCCCACUCACUCAUCACCUCCAUGUUUCCCCACUCACUCAUCACCUCCACGUUUCCCCACUCACUCAUCACCAUCACUUGUCAUAAGCCACCUUUCCUAAUGACUCUCUCCAUCUCUCUCCCUAAUCACUCUCUCUCUCUCCACUCUCUUUCUCUCUCUCUCUCUCUCUCCACACUCAUUCUCUCACACUCUGACUCUCCACUUGUUCUCUUCAGCUGAAGGUCAUCAGAAGGCCUGAGAUUAUGAGUUUAACCGACUUCAUCUGAACUCUAUGAGAUCACUGCUGACUCGCUAAUCCUGCAGGAACCUGGUGUCCAUGCUGCUCUGAUUGGAUUAUAUCCACACACACACACAUACACACACACACACACACACACACACAAACACAUACACUACAUGUUCAGACUGGCACAUAUCUCUCAGCUCUCAAUAUACAUGUGCCACUUUCACUCUGAGCUACUGUUAACCUCCUUUACUUUCACAAACGUUUCCUUUCUUUCUAUUCAGGUUUUUGUCCUUUAUGUAUGUUUUCUCGUAGUGUUUUUCUUCCAAACUCUCUCUCUCUCUCUCUCUCUCUCUCUCUCUCUCUCUCAUCAUGGCUGAUGUAGUCAUCUGUUAGGUCGCACUACACGAGUUGAGUACGAGUGUUUCCACAAAAAUAAACUUUUUUAGUCAGCGUUUGUUUGAGGAGUUUGUGAGAUGUUCCUCAGUUCUCCAGCUCCAUCACACUAAGCCAUGCUCAGCUGAUUAGUCGCUCUGAAAGGAUUAGCCUAAUGGAAAGUGGCGGAAGGUGGACCUCCUCCCCGCUCUGCCCUUGUCUUCAUCCAGCAGACGUUAUCAGGUGCAGAUCCACGUUUUAGCGAGUGUGAAGGUGCAGUAAAAUAUGUGGAGGGAUGUGUACUGUGAUCGUGUGCUUCCUCAUACGCCAGCUCUUAAAGUCUGCCAUCGCCGUCCUGACCACACCCCAAACAUCUACACGCAUCACUCCCACUCCGACUGAGAGUCUGCAGCCGCUGGAGGAGAACAAACACGCAGAAGAUAACUCCGAGCCGGUCGACACCUGACACACACACACAGGUGUAAGAGACGGAGCAUACAUAAGGAGGGGGUUUCCGAACAGCCUGGUAAACUUCUUCAUCCUGGCAUCCUGAGUGCACUGAAUUUAUUUAUUUACCAACAAGGGGGAAGGAGGCUCAUAGACAUCAGAGCAUGAAGCCCAGCUGCUGAGACGGCGCUCACACACACCCUGCUUACCAGGCUGGAUGUGUGUGUCCCUUGCCGGAGUCCAGAGCCGAAAACACCACGGCGGCCUCCCAGAACCCAGCGGAAAUGCCCACCGAGACGCUGCCACCAGAUAGCAAGGCGUUGGGUGCUGGGGGCGCCGUGGCUUCGGCUGUACCUCUCCGAAUACUAAACAAAGGUCCUGAAUAUUUUAGACGAGCAGCCGAACCCAACCCAAAGCGCCUCAGUGCUGUGGAGCGACUCGAAGCUGACAAAGCCAAGUACGUCAAGAGCCAGGAAGUGAUCAACGCAAAGCAGGAACCGGUAAAGCCUCAGGUUCUUGCAAAACGGAGCCCGGCGGUGAGUUCAGCUCUCAAAGCUUCCAACAACAACGCCAAGUCAGACACCUGCGCCAGCACCAAGCGUGAAAAUCUCAACCUGGAGAUCCUGAAGAACCUGCUCAACAGCUCGUCUUCAGCAGAAGGACCUGCGAAAAGCUCAGUGGCGAGGAGUUGGGCACCAGAAUCUGGACAUCGCUCUUUUCCUGAGUCCUUAAAUGUUCCAGCUGCAGCCUUUCAUGGCCGGAAAAGCCCCCAAAACCUGAAUCUAAGUCGUGGACUUAUGGAGAACCAUGGGGCCGAGGGCGAUCAUUUGCCACUCCAUGCAUCUCAGAGUUCCUCGGACAUCCGGCGUCUGUGUAACGGGAAACCGUUCCGUUCAGGACGCAGUAGCAGUAGCAGCUCAGCUCCUCCGCUACCCCCAAAACCAAGUGCAAAGGCUUUAGGAAUCUCUGACAAUGCAAAGUGUGCAGCUAAAACAGAACUAGAAGUUCGCCGACCCUCACUGCAUCGAUCCAAAUCAGACUUGAGCGACCGUUUGGCUCGGUCCGGUGCGGAUGCAGAGAGGUUCUUCAACUACUGCGGGCUGGAACCGGAUGAGCUUGAGGGUUUUGUCGAAGGCUUCGGACGCGCAAGUUCCGACAUUGUAUCACUAAACUUCCGUAGCGCAAGCAUGAUCAGCUCGGACUGUGGGCGCUCGCGACACACCGACGACAACGACGACCUUUCCAACGAAGAGGACGAAGAGGAACGAGUCCCGUAUGGGAUCUCCGCCGUGGAGCGCAAUGCUCGCGUCAUCAAAUGGCUCUACAGCAUCAAGCAAGCGCGAGAAUCUCAGAAAGUCUCGCACGUUUGAGGUUUCACAGAUUACGGACUAGCCGGGGCCUCUCAUGUCUCGCUUCUGACUCAACUAUCAAGUGCACUGUCUUUAUCCUGAAGGACUGGAACAAGCCGUUUGUUUUUCUUUAUAGGUUAACAGCUUUUAUUGUUUUAUUUUUUGUUUUAAUCGCUUUUCAUGUCUUCAGAUUCCGCAUGGCCUCUUCACACAAACCACAAUUUCACGCGGCCUCCGAUUCGUCACGUGUCCGUUAAAAGGAGGCUCAUUUACUGAACGACUCCGACUCAGAAUGGGUUUAUGUUCUUCUUUCCUCCUCUGUUUUUUAACUUGCUGUUUUUAGAUUGUUGUUUUCUGUCUGUGUCAGGACACACUGAGCCAGGAAGCCAUACGCGAAUGAAUGCAGAGCAUCAGUGUCUUUUAGAUGUCUUUAGUUUUCCUCGCUUUCCAUUUUUAAAUGUGCGUGUAUCUCUGUGUGUGUGUGUGCGUGUGUGUGUGUGUGAGUCGGUGUUGCAGAAGCAUGUCUUGUCCUUUUUAAAAGUAUUGGCUUCCACCAGGACGGUUACACACCCCCUCGUGAGUUUCCUCCGUUCCGUUCAGCGUCCGUCAUCACGUCUCGGUUAUGACAUCAUAUCGUUUCUGAUCAGUGUAAAUGUGUAAAUUCUGUAAGAUGAUGUGUAUAUAAUUUUCGAUUCCAUGUCAAAAGAAAAACACAAAAAAAGUAAAACUAAACAACAAAAAAACAAUCCCUGGUGUUGUGUGAUGAAGAUCCUGAGAUGCUGUUCCCAUCCUGUAGCUCUUGCUUUGGUCCUUCUUUUUUCUCCUCUUUUCUCACAUUGCCGCUCUGUGUCCAUGGCCGACUCUGUACAUCGCUGUUCUUAUAAAUAACUACAUUAAAAUGUGAGGUAUAUUCCAGCUGGAGUUGCUCCUUUAAAGAUUUGUUUACAUUAUUAGUCAUUUAUAAUCGUUUGAAUAAAUGGCUAAUUUGCCAUCUUUUGCCAUCA